AUGCUGGCCAGACGACGAAAAGAAGGACGGCAGGAGGCCGGCAGCGUAUCCGUGAUCGUGAUGGUGGUCAGCGUGGGGUUCUGCGUGGCGGCGGCGUACGCGGACGAGUUGCGUUGCGAGCGGAUCGUGGUCGGUGCCUGCCAAAACCUGGUGUACGAUAUGACGGUUGCCUCGGCUCCGCUCUACAAGACAUUCGGCGCAUCCAUCCACGAGAACGGUUCCUCGGUCGGCGGUAGCAGCAUCCUUACAGCGCUUGACGCCGAGUGGCUGAUAAACUCACUGCGUCCGGUGAUUGAUACUGGAUGUUCAAAGCAAGCACUAUUCCUCUUCUGCUCGUCAUUAUUUCCGCUCUGCUCGCCGAACGCACCGCGUCCAGUACACCCGUGCCGAUCGCUCUGCGAGCAGGUACGCCGCGAGUGCUUCAGUGAUCCGGCCAACGGGAAGUUGUGGCCGGCGUAUCUCGACUGCCGGACCCUGCCGCAACCGGAGAAGCAGGAACUGUGCAUGCAGGUGCCUCCUGAUGCGACCGGGAGCGUGGAGCAUGGUACAUUCCACGGCUCGUUGGUCACAACGGCGUUGUCCACAUCGGCACCGGUACCAUUAUCAGCGGCACCACCGCAAACCCAACAAGUGCUGGAUGUCGGCUCUAUGAAAAGUUGGUCUAUCGAGAACCUAACAUCACUCCUGCGCCAGCCCCAACCCCUUUACCAGCCAGACGGUGACGCUUCGUUAACGAGCGGUCCAUUGGGCCCUGUCGACGUGGUGUCCAGCAAAGGUGGUCAUGGUGGCGGCGUGCCCCACCAACUGUGGCCUGGCGACGGUUCGCUAGUAAUACCCUGGAUGGAUGAACGUCGUGGAACCACCGGUGACAACGGUGGCACACGAGCUAGCGACGCAGACAGCACCAGUACAACACCCUGCCCGGCCAACUACAGCCUCGAGUAUGACCGGUGCGUACCGCGUUGCGGUCCCUCAAUCGAUGCACUGUACAGCCAGCAGCAGAAGGAUCUGAUCGAGUGGUGGACACUCGUGCUAUCAGCGAUCUGCUUCGUGUUCACGCUGAUGUCGCUGGUUACGUUCUGGGCACGGGCCAACGGCCGGCUUGACUACCCCGACCGGCCCAUCCUCUUCAUGACGCUCUGCUACAACCUGCUGGGGCUGUGCCAUCUCGAACGCACCAUUCUGCACAGUGGUGGAGACCGGGCAGAGCAGCGCGACGCGCCGCAGUCCAACGUCGACCUAGCUCUGAUACUAACGGUACCGGGCAAUGCGUUCGAGGCCGGCAGCGUCGGCGCAGUAGAUGCUAGCCGUUCUGACUGUACUAUCACUACCUCGCAAUGUCUGGCGUACUACAUCAUCAAGCACUACCUGGUAUUGAGCGGCACCACCUGGUGGCUGAUCUUCGCUCUUUGCUGGUACCUCAGCACGGCCAAACAGUGGUCGUGCGAAGCGCUGGAACGUCGCUCGGGCCUGUUCCAUGUGCUAGCAUGGGUGGUCCCUUUCGCGUUCCCCAUCGUAGCACUGCUACGCGGCAACAUCCAGCGGUUCGAACUGACCGGCUUCUGUACCGGGGCGAACGGAUUCGUCGAAGAGCUAGCCACGCUGCUGCUGCUGCUGAUAGGAGCGCUGCUGCUAGUGCUCGCCUUGUUCGCCCUUGCCCGGUUACGAGCCGGUUGGAAUCAGAGGGCGCACUUGUCGCGUGUCUUCGCUCACGUUCUCACGUUCGGCGUAUGCUACCUGGCGCCGGCCAUCGCCGCCACCGUAUGUCGGAUGCUCGAGCGCGUCGAGAACGUAUUGGAACCGUGCCCGCCCACCGAUUCCGGGGCUGCUGCUCCGUUACGGUGCCCCCAGACAGUGGCACACUUCUCCUCGUUGCCGACAUUUCUGCGACUAACCUUCACUCUGCUCGGAGGUGCCUGUGUCUGCAUUUGGCUUUGGCUGCGCCACUCGACUGAGUUGGCCACGGGACCGAAGGAGGCCGCCUCGUACGGCUACGGUUUUCAGGACGGGGCACUACUGAAGUGCGCUUCGGUGACAGCAUCAGCAGGAGUCGGACGGUUGAAAGACCCGCUGACUGACACCACUGAUAGGCCCUCGCUAACUAACACCCUUUCAGCGCCACCCGCCAACACUGUGCAUUCAGCGCGCAGUGUCGGUUGUGGCUUACGGAGCAUCACAUCGGCUGGCAACCAUCGUAACGGGCGUAUCUCGGGUUGUGCUGCCAAGGCGCACAAGUACUGCUUCGUGUACCAGCCCGCCAUGACUGGUUCCAUUGCGAUGGACAUGGUGCAGGGUUCCGUUUACCACAGUUCAGCCACCGACGGAAGCGGUACACCGGGUGCUACUUUGUACCGAACCAUACCGACACACUCGACGUCAUCCUCAGACUACGCGGCAGGGCGUACCGGUAGUCGUCGCAGCAUUCGGCCCGUGGGACCACUUUCCAUGAUCACGAGAAUUUGA